AUGCUGAUCCGGCAGGUGAGCCUGUAUUCUUGGAUCGGAAUUGUACAGCCCUCACCCACCCAGAGACAGUCAGUCGGCUCAAUCUCCUUAACUGGAGAACAGGUUGAUUUGGUCCCUGAAAGAUACGAAUUUUCUUCUAGCCAAGGCCUGACAGUCACAUGUAGGGCCGCAGCCACUGAGGUCAUACACGCAGACUGUUGCCCUCCAUUCUGGAGCUCUCACUCCCGACUGUGCUCCUCUGUGUGUGUGUGUGUUUGUGUGUGUGUGUUUAAAUGUAAGUAUGUGAGUCUGUUCGGGUGUCGGUUUCACCGGCGCUCUCGGCAUCGGUGUCUCUGUGUCUUCAGGCCUGUGAACACCAGUAAAAAUCUAACUGUACUGAUUAGCUAUCCGGCCCAGAGUAAUGCCUACCCAAGGGCACCCACACUUCUGUCUCUAUCCCGCUCACGCACCGAACACACAGACAGACCUGCACCCACAGGCUUCAACGGCACGAGUUGGGCUGAGUCGCUGUCUCGUCAGCACUGGACAAAUCGAUGUAUUGAGUUGGACGUCAUACUCCUUGAAACCACGCACACUUGA